GAGUGUAUUCAUGGCUGCAUAAUAGAAUUUUGAGUCGAAUAUAAUUGAUUUAAAUAUAUUUUCGUAACAAAAUACAUCGUCAAAACAAUGAAUGUACCAUCGAGACCUGUGUCCGAGAUCAUUAAAAGUUCGGACAAUGAUGAGCCGAUAAAGCGUUCACGUGAAGAUUGGAAAAAGGCUAAAGAGCUUGAAGAAGCUCGUAAACUUGGCCAAGCUCCUGCCGAAGUUGAUGAAGAGGGAAAGGAUAUCAAUCCUCAUAUACCACAGUAUAUAAGUACAACACCUUGGUAUUAUGGUGCAGCCGGCCCAACUCUUAAACAUCAAAAAGUUUUUGAUGAUAAAAACAAAAAUAACGCAACAUUGCAUGAUAAUUUUGCACGUGGUCUAAAAGGUCGUACGGCCACGAAAUUCCGUAAAGGAGCAUGCGAAAAUUGUGGAGCUAUAGGACACAAGAAAAAAGAAUGUUUUGAACGACCAAGAUCAAAAUUGGCCAAAUACACCGGUGAAGAUAUAGUUCCAGAUGAUGUACUAUUGCCCAAACUUAAAUAUGAUUAUGAUGGUAAACGUGAUCGUUGGAAUGGUUAUGAUCCAGUCAUGUAUCGUUCGGUAAUUGAAGAACAUCGUAAAGUAGAAGAGGCCAAACAGAUUUUAAAAGAAGAAAAACUUAAACAAGAUUUGAUAAAUACUGAAGGAAAUUCUGAUGCUUCCGAUUCUGAUGAAGACGAAAAAUAUGCCGAUCAUAUUGACAUGCCUGGAACUAAAGUCGAUAGUAAACAGCGUAUCACUGUUCGUAAUCUUCGAAUUCGGGAAGAUACGGCCAAAUAUCUUCGAAAUUUGGACAUUGAUUCUGCUUAUUAUGAUCCUAAAACUCGAUCUAUGCGUGAUAAUCCAUACAAACAUACUGGAAAAACACCCGAAGAAUUGCAUUAUGCUGGUGAUAAUUUUAUUCGAUAUAUUGGUGAAACACAAAAAGUGUCCCAAGCUCAAUUGUUCGCUUGGGAAAUGUCCGAAAAAGGUGUGGAUAUUCAUCUACAGGCUGAACCUACAAAAGCUGAGAUAAUUCAUCGAGAAUUGGAUUUAAAAAUGAAUGAUUUGAAAGAAACGAUCAAAGAAUCUAUCCUAAAUAAAUAUGGUGGUAAAGAAUAUUUAGAAGCGCCACCAAAAGAAUUGAUUUUCGCUCAAACCGAGGAUUAUGUUGAAUAUUCUCGUAGUGGCCAAGUAAUUAAGGGCGAAAAUCGAGCAUCAAUACGAUCUAUUUAUAAAGAAGAUGAAUUUAUCAACAGCCAUACAACCGUAUUUGGGUCAUAUUGGGAAAAUGGAAAAUGGGGUUAUAAAUGUUGCCAUUCAUUUAUUAAAAAUUCCUAUUGCACCGGCACAUUGGGUAAAAGAUCCCCUGCUAGUGCGAAUAUAGCAAUUGAAGAGCAAAUCAUAAAUUGAAACUUUAUUUGUAAUGUUUCUCCUUGUCAAAACCACUCAAAUAAAAUACCAUGAUUUAUUUUCAAAUUAA